AAGAAAAGAGAAAAGAAAAUGAAUUAAUUAGAUCUGCCCUGCGCCAUACCAUUGAGUUUGUUGUUCCGCCUCUGCCCUCCUCCUCCGUCGUCGUCGUCUCCUUCCUCUCCGCCAUUGCCCGCAGAGAGGAAGAGCUUUGAAAAUCCCUGCUACGAUUCCCUUUUGCCUCUUCUUCUCCUCUCUGCCGCCAUUGCCCUUCUUCAGAGCUCACAGAGAGAGGGAGAGUGGGAGGAAGAGAGAUGGAUUUGGAUGCGUGGAUAUCGAAAGUGAAAGAAGGGCAGCAUCUCCUCGAAGACGAGCUUCAGCUCCUCUGCGAAUACGUUAAAGAGAUUCUUAUUGAGGAGUCCAAUGUGCAACCUGUCAACAGUCCAGUUACUGUCUGUGGGGACAUUCAUGGCCAGUUUCAUGAUCUCAUGAAACUUUUCCAGACAGGGGGUCAUGUACCAGAGACUAAUUACAUAUUUAUGGGUGACUUUGUUGACCGAGGUUACAACAGUCUUGAAGUUUUUACGAUUCUAUUGCUCCUUAAGGCCAGAUACCCUGCCAACAUUACACUUCUACGUGGAAAUCAUGAAAGCAGGCAACUUACUCAGGUUUAUGGGUUUUACGAUGAGUGCCAAAGGAAGUACGGGAAUGCUAAUGCUUGGCGGUACUGUACAGAUGUAUUCGACUAUUUAACACUUUCAGCAAUCAUUGAUGGGACGGUGCUUUGUGUCCAUGGUGGUCUCUCCCCUGAUAUAAGGACCAUUGAUCAGAUACGAGUAAUAGAACGGAAUUGUGAGAUUCCACAUGAGGGCCCUUUCUGUGAUCUUAUGUGGAGUGAUCCGGAAGAUAUCGAAACAUGGGCUGUCAGUCCACGUGGUGCAGGAUGGCUUUUUGGGUCCAGGGUGACUUCAGAGUUCAAUCACAUCAACAAUCUUGAUCUGGUUUGUCGAGCUCAUCAACUUGUACAAGAAGGCCUCAAAUACAUGUUUCAAGAUAAAGGCCUUGUAACGGUCUGGUCAGCACCAAAUUACUGUUACCGAUGCGGGAAUGUAGCUUCUAUAUUGAGCUUCAAUGAGAACAUGGAGAGGGAGGUCAAGUUCUUCACUGAAACUGAAGAGAACAAUCAGAUGAGAGGUCCAAGAACAGGUGUGCCUUAUUUCUUGUGAUCAGGUCACUCGUUUCCUGUAAUCUCCAGCGUACUGCUUGAUUGGUUGUUAGAGAAGCAGCUUCUGUAAUGAAGAGAUAUGCAAAUAUAUGUUGUUCCCCAGUUCAUGAGUUCAUCUCUGUCUUUAAAAAGCAAACAUUCUUCCUCUCUACUAGUCCAGGUUGCUUUGGAAUGGUUUAGAUUUUCAACUUUGGUAUUGUAUGAGAUUUGGCGUUGUCAUUCGUAUAGUUUUUUUUUUAUUUUCCUUGACAUUUCACAUGCAUUUUGUGUCUCCAAUUCUCUUUGUUAUCUUGGGAUUCAUAGUGGCAGCUGUCAUUUGUUUCUCGUGAUCUCA